UGGUGUCAUCACAAUCCAUUUGUGGGGAGGAGAUUCGAUGAAGUAGAGUCUGUCGAUGUGGUGUACGUUUUGCCGUUUUUGGUGGUGCUUCCCCCUGUGUAGGCGAUGGUCGUUUGUGUUGCGCAAAUGAGGGUUGGCCUUCAGGAGCUGAUUCCGGUUUGGCCUUGAUUGAGUUACAGGAGGUGGAGUUGAGCAUAUCUUCGUAGGACCGUUUUUGUUUUUUUCGAACAGACGUGGUUUGGAAUUGUGACUGGCAGUGCAGACAGUGUCCAUCCCUACUCGUCGGAUUGGUUGAUGGUCAAGUGCGAUUAAUUUAGGGUUUCCCGACACAGAUCUCGUAUCACAGCUGUAAAAUGCCGAGCGUGGCCCGAAGUGAAAGGAAAGUUUUUGGUGACAUUAGAUCGAAGUUGCUUUAGUAACCGCACACAUACCAACACCUUCAUGGAUAUCUGGCGACGUUGAAGCUUGUAAUUCGAAGCUGUGUGCAACUGAUAAGCACUGUUGAAGAAAAUGGCAAGGCAUACGCGAACAUCGACUUUGUUGCCCCGGUUCUUACACCCCACAUAUUACCUGCGGCGACCGAGGCGGGUCCUGAUUCUAUUUGCGUUCUUCGUGUGUACCACGUUCCUCCUGUGGGAUCGCCACAGCCUUGUCAUACGGCAGGAGGAGACAGUUAGAAAUUUAACUGAAGAGAAUGAGAGACUUGAGCAUUCACUUCAAAAAAUUUCAAUUCUGUUGAAGACGAAAGGUGAGACCAUACCCCAGGAGCUAGAAUUCCUGAAACAUGAGAAGAGUGGAACUAAGGUCAGUGGGCAGAGCAACACAAAGGGAUUUUUCCAGCGCUUGCUUCCUGAUAAGAGAAAGCCGCCGGUAUCUGAUACUGAUGAGGAUCCAGUUAUGGCUGAAAGGCGUGAAAAGGUCAAGGCUGCUAUGCUACAUGCUUGGACUUGCUAUGAGAAGUAUGCCUGGGGCAUGGAUGAACUUAAGCCGCAAUCCAAGACUGGGGAGAACUCGUUUGCCGGGCUGGGAGCAACCAUCAUAGAUUCCUUAGAUACUCUAUACAUUAUGGGUUUAAAGAAAGAAUACAACAAAGCAAGAGACUGGGUGGCGGAAAAUCUUGAUUUCAAUAAAGACGUGCACACUAGUGUUUUUGAGACCACCAUCAGGGUUCUGGGAGGGUUGCUGAGUGCGUAUGAUCUCUCUGGUGAACCAAUGUUUUUGAAGAAAGCCCAGCAAAUAACAGACCGGUUGCUGCCUGCUUGGAAUACUCCUUCAGGCAUCCCUUACGGCUCUAUCAACUUAGCAACAGGAGAUUCUAACUCCCCGGGUUGGUCUGGGGGUAAUAGCAUAUUGGCCGAUUUAGGUACGGAGCAGAUGGAGUUCAUUGCAUUGACACAGCGGACAAAUAUAUCAAAAUACAAAGAAAAGGCUGAGAGAGUUAUCAUUCAGCUCAAGAAGGUGUUCCCCAGUGAUGGCCUUUUACCGUAUUAUAUCAGCCCUGAUUCCGGUCAGAUUGAUCAUGGUGGCAAGGUAACCUUUGGAGCUAUGGGGGAUAGUUUUUAUGAAUAUCUUCUGAAGGUUUGGGUCCUGGGAAACAAGACGGAGGUUGUAAAGCAUUACAGAGAAAUGUGGGAGCAAUCCAUGGAAGGCAUGAAGAGUCUGGUCAAGAAAAGCUCAGAUGGUUACACUUAUCUGGCAGAACGAGCUGGUAAUCAAAUGAUAGAUAAGAUGGACGAGUUGGCGUGUUUCGUACCAGGGAUGCUGGUUCUUGGCACAGAUGGAGCAACGCCUCAAAAAGCCGAUGAAUAUCUUAAUCUUGCCCAGGAGCUUGCCAAGACAUGUUAUAACAUGUAUAGGAUGACUAAUUCGAAACUAGCUGGGGAAAACUACAAUUUUAACAAUAGAAUGCAAGUUGGGACAUCGUGGAACAUAAUGAGGCCUGAAACUGUUGAGUCGUUUAUGUAUUUAUGGCGCAAGACUGGUGACCAGAAGUAUCGGGAUUGGGGAUGGGACAUAUUUCAAGCCUUUGAAACUCAAACAAAGCUACCUACGGGUUACACUGGCUUAAGAGAUGUAAAUACAGGCGAAAAGGAUGACAAGAUGCAAACCUUCUUCCUGGCAGAGACCCUCAAGUAUCUCUACCUUUUAUUUUCUCCUUCCACUGUGAUUCCACUGGACGAGUGGGUGUUCAAUACUGAGGCACACCCAAUGCGUAUCACACCCAGAGUGGACGAGCCCAUAGCUCUCGAAGACCAGCCAGUCAUCAUAGAGACGACAAAAGCUUCACAGCUGCGACAGGAAUAUCGGCAACAUUUGAAAGGAAGAAGAAGAGGUAUUGAUCAAAGAGUCAAUUAAAUUAUUUUUCCUGGUGGACUUGUCUAUUAAGUGGUCAUUUUCCUCUUUUUAAGGCUCAAUGUAACACAUGUUGGACUUAUCAUUGUAACAAUUAUGUUAGGGUUUGCCCUCCUCGGAUGGAGUAUAAUCUUUGGCACUUGAUGCUGAGUUGUUUUUCAAUUGGAGAUUAGUUAGCAUCUUAAGUUUCAAGUUUUGCUUUGAGGGUUUGUGGCUUGAUCCUUGAAGAACAAUUUGCUUUACAAGUAGGUGUUCUUGGUGUUUCACACCAAAUUCUUAGUGCCAUCACCAAGCCAUUUUUUUGGUUAAUUGCAUCCUCAUUCCUGGUUGAGUUAAAUCCUCUUAUGCAAGAAGGGAAGCAUUUUUGUAACCAUCCAUGUUGAAUAGUUAAGAUUGAAUGAAAACUACUUAAAUGAA